CCAUUGUUGCACGUUCGCAUUCCUUCCGUUCCGCCUCCCGAAAAAAAAAAUAAUCAGAAAACAGGAGUGGAGAAGGAAGAGAGAUUAGAUUAGAAGCAAAAGCAACACCCCUGCAAUUCCACAUCUUUCUUCCGCCACUCUUCCUUACGUCUCUCCGGUUUUCCAAAACUGCUUCUCAGAGCCAGAAAACCGGAAAACCUCCCACAAAACGGUUUCUCCGAACCAAUCUAUCAUUCCGUUUCUCCCAAGAUCGAUCGAAGAUGAGUUCCGGAGAGCUCCUCAGCAUCGAACCUCAGGAACUCAAAUUCCCUUUCGAGCUGAAGAAGCAGAUCUCGUGUUCUCUUCAAUUAUCGAAUAAGACUGAUAACUAUGUAGCAUUCAAGGUCAAGACAACGAAUCCAAAGAAAUAUUGCGUCCGACCGAACACUGGAAUUGUCAUGCCUCGGACUACGUGCGAUGUCACCGUUACUAUGCAAUCACAACGAGAAGCUCCACCAGAUAUGCAAUGCAAGGACAAGUUUCUUCUCCAGAGUGUUAUUGCGAAUCCGGGUGCUACGGGAAAGGAUAUUACACCAGAAAUGUUUAAUAAGGAGUCAGGGAAUCUCGUUGAGGAGUGCAAAUUGAGGGUUGUUUAUGUUUCACCGCCCCAACCGCCCUCGCCAGUUCAGGAAGGAUCUGAUGAGGGUUCGUCACCCCGGGCAUCUUUAUCAGAUAAUGGGAAUAUGAAUGCUUCGGAAUUUGCGCCUGUUUCAAGAGCGUAUGUUGAGCCUCAAGACAAAUCUUCUGAGGCCAAGGCUCUGAUUUCAAGGUUGACUGACGAGAAGAAGUCUGCUAUACAACAGAACGAUAAACUUCGUCAGGAACUGGAACUUCUGAGAAGGGAAGGCAGUAAAGGGCAUAGCAGCGGCUUCUCGUUCAUAUUCGUGGUGAUCAUAGCUUUCUUGGGCAUCCUUUUGGGAUAUCUAAUUAAUAGGACAUGAUUCCACUGUCUUGGGGGUGAUAAUUCUCUUUCCAUUUCCUCCCCCACCCACCUAAAAGAAGAAAAAUGAUUUGACAUGGGGUUCUUUGUGUUUGUGUUUGGGAGACUAAUGCACAGAAAGAAGAUAAAGAAGAUGGUGGCAUUCCUUAUUGGGGGAUUGAUGAGUUUAUAAUUGUUAAUGGGGAAGUCAAUAUCUGGCUGGUAAUGCCUUACUUUGUUAAGGGGCAAUUUCAGUAACUCCUUUUUUUCUUUUUUCAUUUUUUUUUCCUUUCUCCUUUUUCUUUUUAUCUUUUGUCAUUCUUGCUUUUGAUAUUGUGUUACAAUAAAGCAUUGAGAAUAAUGAUGAUUAACCAUGGUCUUUUAAUUAAAAAGGAAGUGUUAUGAAAAAUUGAUAUGAUUUCAUGAUAAUGUGACUGGAAAUGGGCCUAUGCUUUGCAGUGUAGUAGAUCUUUUAGUGCCCACUAAUGGGGUCCUUGGUUUGGCAAUCCAGACCCGAGGUGAUGUCCCACUGGAGGAGUAGGCACAAAAAUGUUUGUGAUGCUACAAAGCUAAUCUUCUUAUAGAUGUUUGUGAAAGGAAUACAACAGUAGUCCAUGUUCAACUGAGAAGAGUCCCAAGAUUGGUGGUGAAAACAUUUCGAUCCUUGUUGGGGUGUGGUCCAUCUGCAUGGCAGCUUGGCCAUCCGUCUCACAAGUAGGACUCUCUGUUGAUGUGGACUUCAUCCUGAAUGUCCCACGCACCAAUGCAUGGAUCAUCUGCAGAGGACCCCAUCAGGUAGUGGUUGGGACCACUGAAGUAUGGCCCCACUCACAAGCCUCAAUGUUGGUAUGAUUAGGCUGGCCUGAUUCUUCAAAUCAUCCCAUUAUGGGUGGAACAUAGGUAAAAGUUAUGUUGCGUCUAAUUUCGUUGUUUGAAUGUGGAUUUUAGCAUCCAUUUGAUUGGUUAAGUGCAUGCUAGGUGUGGGGUUCAAAGAUGGAGGUGAACUACCACAAUUUGAAUCCCAAAAGAGGUGAAGCUUAUGCAUACCAGGUAAAAAUAAGAGGUGGAUGAAAUGGAUCUCUUGCAAUGAAAAUUCACCAAGUGCUUGGAGAAAAACGGGAGGAGAACAUCUUCCUGAGCAAUAAAUCUUGAACCCGAGAGGGAGAAAAAUCCCUAAAAAUGCUUCUUCUUUUUUUAGUGAAUAAUAUCGAACAAUUGUGUUUUACGCUACUCUUGAUGUGAUUUAGAUAAACAAAGACGCCAAUACUCCGAAUUUAACUUAAAAUAGACAAUUGCCCCAGACGGUAAACUUGAAUCAGUUAACUGAAAGCUAAUUAACCACUCUUACCUAACCCAAACAAGAACUUUUAAAAUCAGACAGGAUCUGUAAAAGAAAAAGAAAAAAAUACUUAUUAACCACUCUUACCUAACCCAAACAAGAACUUUUAAAAUAAGACAGGAUCCGUGAAAGAAAAGAGAAGGAAAUAAAAA